CUCUUGGAAAAUGAACCAGUUCCGGGCUCCAGGUGGUCAGAACGAAAUGCUGGCGAAAGCAGAAGACGCCGCUGAAGAUUUCUUCCGCAAAACAAGGACCUACCUACCCCACAUUGCUCGCCUCUGCCUCGUCUCCACAUUCCUUGAAGAUGGAAUCCGUAUGUACUUCCAAUGGGAUGAUCAAAAACAGUUCAUGCAAGAGUCUUGGUCUUGCGGUUGGUUCAUCGCAACUUUGUUCGUCAUCUACAACUUCUUCGGACAGUUCAUCCCGGUUUUAAUGAUCAUGCUCCGCAAGAAGGUGUUGGUCGCAUGUGGAAUUCUUGCCAGCAUUGUCAUUCUCCAAACCAUCGCUUACCAUAUUCUCUGGGACUUGAAGUUCUUGGCCAGAAACAUUGCCGUUGGUGGAGGACUUUUGCUCCUUCUUGCCGAGACACAGGAAGAGAAGGCUUCCCUGUUCGCCGGAGUUCCAACAAUGGGAGACUCGAACAAGCCAAAAUCGUACAUGCUUCUUGCCGGACGUGUUCUUCUUAUCUUCAUGUUCAUGUCUUUGAUGCAUUUUGAGAUGUCCUUCAUGCAAGUUUUGGAGAUUGUUGUUGGAUUUGCUCUCAUCACUCUCGUCUCAAUUGGUUACAAGACAAAGCUUUCCGCGAUUGUUCUUGUCAUCUGGCUCUUCGGACUUAACCUUUGGCUUAAUGCUUGGUGGACCAUUCCUUCCGACCGCUUCUACAGAGACUUCAUGAAGUACGAUUUCUUCCAAACCAUGUCCGUCAUUGGAGGACUUCUCCUUGUCAUUGCCUACGGACCAGGAGGAGUGUCAGUCGAUGACUACAAGAAAAGAUGGUAGAUACCCCAUUAACACCAGUACUUAUACGCAUUUCUAUGUCAAAUCAUUGCAUUACACUCACUCACCCCGAUAAAUUUACCUGGAUUGUUUAUAUAAUUUAUGAAUCUGUUUCGAUUUUUUCGAUAUUUCCUUUAAUCAAUAUAUUUAGAGUAGAACGUUUUCCCUCGGUUUCCCAUCCAAUGCUUCUUGUCGUAAUGUUACAACUUCAUAUCUAUUUCCUUUUAUUUUUUUUUGUCAUUUUCUUCCUUUCCCUAAAACUUCAUGGACUAUAUGGGUUGUUUUCCAAUGAAACUCUCCCUACAAACUUCUAUUUUUCUCACACGAAUCACAACUAAAACAGUCAUUUUUCCACCACUUUCCUUUACUUUCUAAUCGGCCUAUCCCAAUUUUCUUCUGGUAGUUUUGUUCCCGUAAAGAAUAAACAUUUUUCUGUC